CUUUCGUAUAAAACAUCGAUUUUUUUCUCCGAUGUUCGAUUUUGUCAAUUUUUCCAUCACUUAGAAAAAGAAACGCAGUAAAAGCUAGAACGUAAUUUUAGGAGUUAUUGGUGUUGGCAGGCAGCGUUUAUAAUGAAAAAAUAUCUUAGAGCUUCAAAUGGGCAAGGGGAGUGUGUAGGUUGUAGUGCGGCAACCAUUGAAGAAAAACAACAAGAGGAAAAGACGCAAGCCAAAAAGGCGCAAUAUGGGCAGUCCAAUGGAAAGACUGCCAAAUGUUUAAUAUGUGGUAAAAUUGAUCAAACCAGCGGAAACACCACCAACAUGGCGGGGCAUUUAAACCGGGUACACCCAACGUUAACUGUGAGUGAGUUGCCAAAGUCUUCAGGACAUAUGGCGGCUUAUUUGGAUAAAAAAUAUGAAACGGAAGAGGGAUUGGGACAGCGCAUUUGAAAAAAAUUAAAUUUCUGUUUUAUAGUUUUAAGUUUGGAAAAAAGAUUCUUUUUUAAUCUUUAUUAAUCUUUAUUAAAUAAGAAUCUUUUUCCCAAACUUAAAACUAUAAAACAGAAAUUUAACAAAAAUUUAACAGAAAAACAAAAAAUGUAUCAUAUUACUUCGAUGUAGUAUCGAUACAUCGAUGUGUUUUCCUGAAAAACAUCGAUGUGGCCAAACAUCGGUGUUUCAACAGCUCUAGUAGCUACCACUUUUUGGGCCCUUGCUUACUAUUUCUAACUGGCUCGAUUAUUCUUAUUCGGAGAGAGGAGCUUGGAACACAAUCAUAUCGCAACACAACAUCUGUCUCGUAUUAAUUAAUAUUAUAAAAUGAUUAAUAAAUUGGAAUUCAUUGAAACUGAA